AUGACAGCCAAUCAAGCCCUCGCGAUGAGGGGCAAAUUCAAGCGAGCCUCGACUCCCAAGGUCAGAACCGGAUGCAUCACCUGGCACUUGAAAUGCGACGAAGCAAAACCCUUUUGUCGACGCUGCCAUAACGACAAGAUGAAGUGCGACGGAUAUGCACCACCCAUGCCCAAGGCUUCAAAGCGCUCUAAGGGUCGAGAUGCCUCCCCGAAGACUGGGGUCUCUAUUUCACUCCCACUGCUAUCUAUGCAGACUGUUGACCAACUCUCCUUGUUAUCAGACCCUGAAAAGGGCUACCUUCAACAUUUCCUUCACUGGACAGCAAAACAGCUUUCACCUUCGUCUGCUGCCAUGAACUUCUGGCUCAAAUACGCACUUCCGAUGUCAUAUCACUACGAUGCCAUCCGGUACAGCAUGAUUGCAGUUGGGGCAUCUCAUCGAGCCUACAUGGCCCAAAGUCUACCUUACUCCCGCCCAGAUCACCUCCAGCGUCCUGUCAUCCAACACUACAACAGAGCCAUAUCUUCGAUUCUCCCCAUAAUGUCCGCACCUUCGAACGAGAACAUUCACUGUAUACUGAUUUGCUGUCUACUCUUCAUGACUUGUGAGGGACUGACUGGUCGGUACGAUGAACUCCUGCAACAUCUCGCGGCCGGCGAUAUGGUAUUUCAGUCACUGAGGUGUCAAAGCUCCUCGGAUACCUCAGAUAUGAUAGAGGGACUUGUCGACAUGUUUAGCGAGAUGGGCCUUGCGUCGUAUGGAUACAUGGGAGACCAUCCAUUGCCGGGCAUCAAGAAAUGGUGUCGUAGUGAAACUGGCACUGAAGCGAGUGUUGACUCGCCGUUUGCAACGCUCAGCGAGGCCUCAUAUGCCUUGCAUGAGCUAAGGCUGCACCACGACUUCCAGCCAUGGAAUCCGGAUAGGGAAGAUGGGUUGACCAACGACAACGCGUUUGAGGAUAUGCUCCGUCGCUGGAAUUCCCGUUUCGAAGCUUUGACUCAACAAUUGAUGCCAAGCUUAUCCAGUCAUGAGAUAGCGCAUAUCCAAACUCUGGAGCUUCACUACCAAUCUCUGCAGAUGUACAUCAACGCAUACGACAACAAAGGAAGACAGCCUCCCAAUCCAUUCAAAGGCUUCAUAGAGGCCGCAGAGAAAGUGGCCGCACCUCUCAUAGCACUUGGCCAACCUACCUUCUCACUAGACGGGUGUCUGGUGUCUGGUCUGUCAUUUGUUGCCAUCUCGAAUGAAGGCGGGGACGAGAGGCCCCAAGCACUUGACCUCCUUCGCAAGUUGAACCACCGCGAGGGCAUUUUUGACAGCAACGAUAUCGUUGAGAUGCAUGAACUGAUAGCCAUGGAUAUGGAUUGGGGAUCUGGCUCUGACUCUGAAUCUGACUCGGAUAUAGAGGAACCAGAUCCGCCGUUAAGAGCUCCGAAAGGAAUCCCGCAAAUGCUUGAGGUGCUUGCUCGCAAGACUGGGACGACGAGCAAACGGCUGGAAGGCCUGUAUCCAUGA